CGGAAGUAUCGUUCCCGUCUAGGUCACACCAUAGAAAUCGGGUCACACGCGGAGUUGUAGUAGCAGUUAAGCAUUUUUGGAGUCAGUCACUCAACCAAAAGUGCUGCGUAAAUGAGUGAAAUUUCUUUAAGAUACAAAUCGGGAAACUUUCUACACUGCAGACCGCUCCAUCUCUUCAGUGGAAAUGUCUGCGAACGUUAGUAUAUCUCAAGAAGGAAAUGGCAAAGUCUGUCGAGUCAUUCGCAUGGGGACAAGGAAGAGCCAGCUGGCACGCAUCCAAACAGACAGUGUGGCCAGCAGACUGAAAGAGCUUUAUCCAGAUGUUCAUCUAGAGAUAGUUGCAAUGUCGACAAUAGGGGACAAAAUCCUGGACACUGCAUUAUCAAAGAUUGGCGAAAAGAGCCUCUUCACCAAAGAGCUGGAGAAUGCCCUUGAGAGAAAUGAAGUGGAUAUCGUGGUACACUCACUUAAGGAUUUACCUACCUCAUUGCCGCCUGGAUUUACUAUUGGAGCCAUUCUUGAACGUGAAAAUCCCCAUGAUGCAGUUGUACUUCAUCCAAAGAAUGCUGGACUUACCCUGGACAGCCUUCCUGAGAAAGGUGUGAUUGGCACAAGUUCACUUCGCAGAGCAGCUCAGCUGAAGAAAAGAUUCCCUCAACUGGAGUUUGAAAAUAUUAGAGGGAAUCUAAACACUCGCCUAAAGAAGCUGGAUGAAAAAGACGACUAUGAUGCCAUUAUUCUGGCGGCAGCAGGCCUCAAACGUAUGGGCUGGGAAAGCCGAAUCAGUCAGAUUCUGGGCCCUGAAGAUUGCAUGUAUGCAGUUGGUCAGGGAGCACUGGCAGUGGAAGUCAGAGCACAAGACAAGGACAUUCUGGAAAUGGUGUCUGUCCUGCACCAUACAGACACAGUGCUAAGAUGCAUCUCAGAGAGAGCUUUCCUUAAGCAGUUGGAAGGGGGUUGCAGUGUGCCUGUUGCUGUUCAUACCGAAGUGAAGGGGUCCAUGUUGUAUUUAACCGGGGCAGUUUAUAGUUUGGAUGGAGCUGACUGCUUAAAGGAUACUAUGCAGACGUCUGUGGAAAUAGACAACAAAGUGAAUGAGAGUGCACAGGAGUGUGUACACGUUGGAGUCACUGCCAACAGUAUAUCAUCAUCAGCCCUCGACGCUGCUGAGAAUCUUGGGAGUGAUCUGGCUAAUCUACUCCUAAAUAAGGGGGCCAAAGACAUUCUCACGACAGCCAGAAAACUCAAUGAUGCACAAUAACAGUUUACUUUUUCUUUUCACUUCUUGCACUGGAGUGUCAAGACCAAGUUCAUGAACUUUUGACAUGCUGUUAACAUGGAUGAACUGUACACUCAACCAUGUGCUUUAUAGCCAAGUCUCCAGAGCUUAAAUGCUAAGUAGUGUUUGAAUGAAUAUACCAGUAUAACUAGAAACUGCCAGUAUACCUCAGAGCCUUUGUUUAAAACCAUAAGACAAAAUGAUUUUCUCAGCUGCUGCAUCAUACAAGACACUGACAUUUUGUACCGUCUUGACUGCCAUUAUCUUCUCUCAGGCAGACUUUUAGAAAAAAACAAAUAUCAUACUGAUGGUUUUCAGUUUGUUAUAUAUAUAUAUAUAUAUUUUUUUUUUACAGUCGUCAGUGAUUUUAAUAUAUGUGAGGAUUGCUCCUUUAUCUACUUCUCACAAACUGUGAUGUACUGGAUAUGUGACAUAUUCUGUGUUCCAACAAUAUCUAGUGCAUUUGCUCAUAUCACUGUGGAACUGUACAAAACAGGCAUAUCACAAUACUGGGGUGCUAUGAAGACAUUUAAGUGAAUUUAUGAAUAUUUGGGUUUCACAACUUAAACAUGCAAAAUUCUUAAUACUAAAUCAGCAGUCUAAAUAGUUUCUAUUAGCUAUUUGUGUAAUCAAUAUACCAAUUUUUACGUUCUGAAUCAGCAUAUUUAUAAAAUUGUUCUUGGUUAAAGAUUAAAAUAAACUUAAAAAAACUCA